GAAAUCCACACCAUUAAUGCUGUUACUAUGCUCACCUUGCUUACAUGCAUCACAUAUAAAACACCGGGUUAUCAUUCAUAUAUCCGGCAUCAGGUGAAACCUUCCCCCCACACAUGACGUCGACCCACCGUGCACCACCAGUCAGCAUCGCGUUUCGCGCUCAUCUUGGCUCCGAGGCUUACCAAUGCCCCGUCCAUCUAGACCCCCGAUCAGAUGUUUAUCCUGACGAUAUAACAAACAGGGUUCACGCGUUUGCUUGAGCCCAGCCAGCAUAAUACAAGUUGACCGAGGAUAGCCGCACUGCACCGUCUCAGGCCACAAGUGCUGAGCUUAUCAUCCCGAUCGAGAACAAUACCGAAAUGGCAUCAAUCCUUCUACAAAACGCGACGAUUCUGGUUCCCUCCGGCGACAAGACUGACUACGUCGUUCCCCUUCGCAACUACUCGCUACUCAUCGAAGGAACCAAGAUCUCGCAGAUCGCGCCCCAGAUAGCCCCGCCUGCCGCAUCCACUCAAGUCAUCGACUGUACUGGAAAGAUCAUCUCCCCUGGAUUCAUCGAUACACACCAUCAUCUCUGGCAGACACAGCUCAAGGGACGCCAUGCCGAUCAUACGUUGAUUGAGUAUAUGCCCACGGGAAACCUGCAGCAGGUCACCUUCACACCAGAGGAUAUCUUCUGGGGCGAGCUGGGAGGCUGUCUCGAGGCCUUGGAUGCAGGCACUACCACCGUGGUGGACCAUGCCCACAUGAAUGUCACCCCCGCUCAUUCCGUGAAUGGAAUCGCAGCAACAGCGUCAUCAGGCAUCCGCUCUAUCUUCUGCUACACGCCCACCUCGACGGUCAAGACGUGGGAGCCGGAAAUUGAGAUGCACACUAACCUGCUCGACGAUUGGGUCCUCCAACAACUCGAGGAGCUGGCCGCAGCGGCGCCAUUCGGCGAUGGGAGGGUCCAGCUAGGUUUGGCUUUUGACGGGUUCAUGCUGCCGAAGGAGAUGGUCGUCGCGCUGUACGAUCGCGCCCGUAGAGCGGGAGUGAAGGUGAUCACCACUCACUACGUGCGGGGAUAUUUCAACGACGGAUCCCUGGUCGACACCCUCGAAGACUACGGCCUCCUGGGCCCCGACAUUCUCCUCUCGCACGGCAACAAUCUCUCGACCGCCGACAUCGAGAAACUCUCUCAAGCGAAAGCGUGGAUCUCCGCCACCCCCGACACCGAACUGCAGAUGGGCCACGGGAACCCCGUCUGCUUCCAGGACGGCUGCACGAACAUCACCGCGCUCGGGAUCGACUGCCACAGCAACAACUCCGGAGACAUCGUCACCCAGAUGCGCCUGGCGUUGCAGAGUGAGCGCGCUCGCCGGAACGAGAAGCUGCUCGCGCAGGGGAAGUAUAUGCGGUCGUUGGAUGUCUCGGUGCAAGAUGCCUUCCGGCUGGGGACGAUCCAAGGCGCCCGCGCGAUCGGCAUGGCAGAUCAGCUGGGGUCGAUCGAGGUCGGGAAGCUUGCGGAUCUGGUGAUCUUCGACGGCGAGAGCCCGGGGAUGAUCUGCGCCGCGGAGGAGCACCCGGUGGCCGCGAUUGUGUUGCAUUCGUCUGUGCGCGACGUGGAUACGGUGAUCGUUAACGGCGCGAUUCGCAAGCAAGGCGGUCGGCUGGUGCCGGUGGACAUUGACUCUUCCUUCUCUGAGGUCACGAUCGCAAAACAGAGGGUGGAAUGGAAGGACGUAGCGAGGGAGCUGCGGGACAGCCAGGAGAGGAUUCGGAAUGCUGCGGUGGAAGCUGGAGCUGUGGGAACUCGCGUGUCAGAGGCACUGAGUACCUUCCAUAUGGAUUCGACCAAGUUUGUUUGAACUGAGGCGUUGAGGAUCUCUGGGAGGGUCGCAUUGGCCUUCGAGAAAGAAGGGUUGUGGUAAUGGAAGUAGCCUACCAAUAUACCUCCGUGCCCUAUGGAGCACGGACUGCCCAUCCGAUCAGCUCUCCCGUUAAUAUGGC